AUGAAUUACAAUAGCAGCAACAGUUGCGAAGAAGUAACAUUUGUGGAGCACGGUCAUGUAACUAAGUGGAUAGUUUUAUCAAUUGGUGGCGUUUUUGUUGUGUUUACAAUUAUUUUCAAUUUAAUUGUGAUUGUGAAAAUCAACCGAAAAUGCAAAUUAAAAUCAUUUACGAAAUAUUUUCUGACGUCCCUUGCUUCAGUCGAUCUGUGUGUGGGAGUAACACUUAUGCCAUUUAACAUUAUUAACGAAUUAUAUGGUUUGAGGAAAACAGCGGGACUGUUGUUUUGUGAUUUUGUGAACAGCCUGGAUUAUACUUUAUGCACAGCUUCUGUGAUUUUUCUAACAACAUUAACUUUUGACCGGUAUAUAGCUCUUUGUAAACCAUUCAAAUAUCACAAAUUCUGUAACAAGAAAACCAUUGUUAUAAUAACUGUUUCAAGCUGGAUGUCUGUUCUUACCAUUUCGUUCGUAACGAUUCCAACAGGACUGGUUUAUUAUGGUGUACCAGAAGAUGUCAUAUACUGCAUUACCAAAGAGGGAAAAUCCUGUACAUUUCUUAUGAGUAAAUACUUCGCAAUUAUAUCUUCAACAAUUUCACUACUAAUGCCAGGUAUAAUUAUCACAUGUCUGAAUGUAAAGUUGUCGAGAAAUGUACGCAGACAGAACAACAUUAGAGUACAACUUACGUUCCACCGUAGUACAAGGGCAUUCAUCAAUCGCAGGAACGUAUCACAGGGAAUUCACGUUGCGAAAACAAUCGCUGUUUUAACUGGAGCAUUUAUCUGCUGUUGGAUGCCAUUUUUCAUUGUACUGAAUGUAAGCGUAUUCAGUGAAUACAGAUUAUCGUAUGGAAUUUAUGUAAUUGCUAAUUGGCUGGGAUAUUUAAACUCGACAAUUAAUCCACUUUUAUACCUUCUUCUCGAAGGGAGAUCCUGUAUUGGGAGACAUUAGGUGGUAGUUAAAAUACAUGAAAGAGUAGUGUGAAGAACUAAUAUACUCUUGUAAUUAUGUAAUUAUUAUACAUAUUAUAUCAAUAUGUAUUAAAACAUUUUCUUACGGUGUCGUAAGGUUAUUCAAGACAUAAUGUGUUCCAAUCAUCCGUAAAUCAUUGUUUGAAGUUCAGAUGUGAAUGAAUUACAUCACGAGGGCACAGCCCGAAUGAUAUGAUAACACGCUCCUGAAUGACAAACAGUGAUAAUCAAUAACUGGGACAUGUUAUUUCGAUUCUGACACGAAAUGAAAGGUAAGUAUCUACGUCCUUGUUUACAUCCACCAAAUAUUUACCUCUUCUUGUGUGAUUUUCUUUUCCAGAGCGCCGCUAUGACGUAAUAACUGUGACGUACUAAUAGUAAUAGUUUUGCAUAAAAAACACAGUUUCAGCCUUUUUUGUUAAAUAAGAAUAUAAAUUAUGUCGUGAUGGAAGUAUUUUUCCUACC